UCCGUUUGCAGAAUGAGAAUAAGCGGACGAUCAGAGCUGUCAGCCUGGCUGACAUAUAUAUGUGGGCCUUAACCACACCUUCAUGAUGAAUUCCAGUCUUGAAACUCUCGCCCUUUACGAAAGACGGAUUUUCGUGAUGAUCAUGAUGCAGCACCACGAAAAGCGAGUUGAAGUGAUCGUGGUGGGUACAGGAAUCGGUGGUCUUGCAGCAGCCAAGACGUAUCUCGAGCUGGCACCACAGACAAAUCUACUCUUGCUGGAGGAGCGAGCGGCCCUAGGCGGCGUAUGGGCCGAUAACUGCUACGAAGGCCUCCACACCAACAAUCUCUACGGCUCGUAUGAGUUUGCGGAUUUCCCACUCGACCAGACCAAGUACAACGUCAAAGAGAAUACCCACGUCCCGGCUCAUGCUCUCAGACAGUACUUCAGCGACUUUGCAGAUCAUUUCGAUAUUCGUCGCCGGAUUCGAUUCAGUACUCGAGUACACAGGGUUGAGAAGAUCGACGGAGGCUGGAAGGUUAAGACUGAAGGGGUUGAUGAUCCUGGUCGCUCGAUUGUAUACACGUGCGACAAGCUCAUCAUUUCCACCGGGAUUUCCUCGAGACCAAAUGAUGUCUCUAUCCCAGGACAGGGUGUUUUCGGGAGACCCGUCAUGAACCAUUCCCGGCUGGGGACGGAGGGCACUUCCUUGGCGCACGACCCACGGGUCAAGUCUGUCACCGUGAUCGGUGCAUCAAAGUAUGGACACGAUGUCGUCUAUAUGAUGGCCUCUCAAGGAAAGCAUGUGGACUGGGUCAUCCGUAAGUCCGGAGGGGGUGCCGUGUGGAUGGGCACCGCAUGGGUGCCGUUUGGAUGUUGGCGGGCAAAGAGAGAGGCCUUGACGACCACACGGUUUGUCACCUGGUUCAGUCCCUGCAUAUGGGGAUCUUUUGAUGGCUUUGGGUGGCUGAGACGGUUGCUUCAUGGGACGAGGCUAGGGAGGUGGCUGGUACACCUGUUCUGGGAGAAGAUGAGCGCAGAUGUCGUUGAAGCUAAUGGUUACCGAAAGGAAGAGCCGUUGAAGCAUCUGGAGCCGGAUGAAAGCUUUUUUUGGACUGCUCGUGUCGGGAUCCUCACGUACCCCACAGACAUUUAUGACUUUGUUCGCUCAGGGCAAGUGAGAGUACUAAGGAAAGACAUCUCCCAUCUCUCCGAGGGUGGUCAGGUACAUUUCUCCGACGGAGAAUCUCUGCAGACCGAUGCCCUUGUCCAAAUAACCGGCUGGAAGCUGGGCUCGUCGAUAAAAUACGAGCCAGAGGGAAUGGAUGCCAGCCUUGGGAUCCCAAGCAGCAACCUCAGCCCGGGAGAAAGAUGUCUUUGGAAAGAGUUAGACAGUGCUGCAGAGAGCGAGAUCCUGAAUCAAUUCCCAUAUUUGCGCCAGCAACCAGCAGCGAAGGCCCCAUACCAGCCGGGCCUGAGUCCCUUCCGGCUCUAUCGCGGUAUAGCACCGCCUGGACUGACUGCGCAGGGCGACAACUCUCUCGCAUUCAUGAAGAUGGUCCACAGCCCGAGCAACCCCAUUAUAGCCGAAAUCCAGGCCCUUUGGGUAUACGCCUAUCUCAACAACAAGGUCUCGAUUGCUCGACAGACUGUGUUCCAUGACACCGCGCUGCUCAGCCGAUAUGGCAAGCUCCGGUAUCCAUGCGGCUUCUCGUCGUGGUAUCCGGAGAUAGUCUUCGACUCGAUUCCCUACGUUGACAUGCUUCUAACGGAUCUCGGGCUCAGAAAAUGGAGGAAAGCAACCUGGACUCGGGAGGUUUUCGAGGGAUAUACUGUUCGUGAUUAUCAGGGGAUCAACCAGGAGUGGGCCAGAGCACAAAAGGGGGUGAGGCUCCAAUCUAACUGACAGGUUCGAUGGCACCGAAUGAAUCGCAUCAAUUCACUGGCAUAAGCCUGACCAGCCAGGCAACCCACCUCCCCUUUUCGGACACGCAACGGUGCAUGUGGUCCUACAACCAGGUCUCCCAUCACCCACCCGGCGCGAAGGCGUAGCGGACAACAGUCUGCCUUACCAGCAGGCUCCUUCAGCCGGGGUUUCGAAGCCGGUCUGGGGAGGAGAUACUCGUGUCACCAGCGAUGGAUGAACACUCAUUUCUCUGAACGAGGCUGGCCUAGAAACAAGAGGGUCCUUUUUUAUUUAAUUCCCAAAGCUGUAGUGUUUUUUUAUAUAAGAAAGGAUCUCAAUAUAUAGGAG